AUGGGUAAAAUAAAACUAGAAACGAACGUCGAACAAGAAGAUCAAGCUGACGUUAGUGUUAAAACUGAACCACAAACGUACGAUGAAAAAGUCGAACAUUGCAGUGUGAUUGCCAAACCGAUGGCGCCGAAGAAACUUAGCAAAAAGAUAUACAAACUCAUAAAGAAAUCUACUUCUCACAAAAACUACCUUAGAAAUGGCCUGAAAAUCGUACAAAAACAACUGCGACUAGGUGAAAAAGGGCUAGUAUUCUUCGCUGGAGACAUUUCACCAAUCGAAAUCAUGUGCCACUUACCCGCUGUUUGUGAAGAAAAGGACAUUCCAUACUGCUACACACCUAGCCGUAAGGACAUUGGUGCAGCUAUGGGCACGAUGCGUGGGUGUGUUAUGGUGCUUGUAAAAGAACAUGAUGACUACAAAGAUUUGUACCAAGAAGUACGAAGUGAAAUCAAAUUGCUUGGACACCCAAUUUAG